ACAAACAAUAAAUUUCAUAUCCAGGUACCAGGCAAGCAUAAACAUGAAGCAUCUACUCCUCCUCGUGCUAACGGUGGUGGCGACCUGUUGUGCCCAGCAGCAGUACUACAACCGCUAUGACAACGUCAAUGCUGACUCCAUCGUUCAAAACGAACGAGUGCUGCUUGCGUACUACAAGUGUGUUAUGGACAAAGGGCCUUGCACUAAGGAUGGAAGGAACUUUAAAAGAGUGCUUCCAGACACGCUGUCCACCGCAUGCGCGCGCUGCUCCCCCAAACAGAAGGUGAUCGUGCGCACGCUGCUCCUCGGCAUCAGAGCUAAGAGCGAGCCGCGUUUCAACGAUCUGCUGGAUAAGUACGACCCCGACCGCUCUAACCGGGACGACCUUUACAAGUUUCUAGUCACUGGCAACUAGAGAUAAGAAGCAAAGUAAAUUCUGGUAAAGAACUUGUAACAUGGCAAAUUGCCGAGA